AUGGAAACGACACUACCCUUCCCCUUCCUUAUCAGCGUGGCCGUCCCGCCAGGCCUGGCCAAGCUCGAUGGCCUCGACCGGGAGCAGGUCUCGAUACUCGGGGCCCCCUGCUUUGAGGCCAACGACCAGACCCUGGAAAAGUUCCACAACUUUCUGAAGCAGCACAACGCAGAGUUCCGCGGCUACUUUGACGUCACAGGCAUCUCGUCACGGGACGAUGUCGUCUCCCUGCUCGACGCCGGCGCCCGCAUGGUCUUCGUCUCCCCAGAGAACCUUGCCCAGUAUGAGGAGUUCGGCUCUCGCGUGGGCUCCAUCCUCUCCACGGCCGACGUCACGACCAAGGCCGCCUCCAAGCACGCCGUCCUCGUCAAGGACUUUGACUCGACAACGUGCAACCUGGGCUCCUUCAUCGAGCGCUGCAAGGUCGAGAAGCUGCCCAACCUGUUCAUCAAGCCCGUCCCUGAGAGCAACCUCGAGCACUUUGUCGAUAUUGCCAAGCAGUGCAAUGCCAUCCCUGUGCUGCCGUCUGACGGCCUGACGGCCAGCAAGGAGGACUCGAAGAAGCUCUCUCUGUCCAAGCUCAUUUCCUCAUUUUGGAAAUCGGACAGACCCGACGGCCUCAUCCCCACCGUUGUCUGCGAUGAGUCCGGCACCGCGCUGGGUCUCGCGUACAGCAGCGCUGAGAGCGUUGGUGAGGCCCUGCGGACCCGUACCGGCGUCUACCAGAGCCGCAAGCGCGGCCUCUGGAUCAAGGGUGCCACGUCCGGAGAUACCCAGGAGCUUGUGCGCAUCGCAUUGGACUGUGACAACGACACGCUCAAGUUUGUCGUCAGGCAGAAGGGUGGUUUCUGCCACCUGGACCAGCACGGCUGCUUUGGUGACCUGAACGGUAUUCCCAGGCUCGAACAGACGCUGCAGUCGCGCAAGAAGUCUGCGCCUGCAGGAUCUUACACCGCCCGUCUAUUCUCUGACGAGAAGCUCCUGCGGGCAAAGAUCAUGGAGGAGGCGGAGGAGCUCUGCGACGCCAAGACCCCUCAAGAGGUUGCCUUUGAGGCGGCCGACCUGAUUUACUUUGCUCUUACCAAGGCUGUUAGCGCAGGCGUCAGCCUGGCUGAUAUCGAAAAGAACCUGGACGCCAAGGCAUUCAAGGUGAAGAGGAGAACAGGAGAUGCCAAGGGUAAGUGGGCUGAGAAGGAGGGUAUCAAGACCUCUUCGGCACCUGCCCCUGCAGCGGCGCCCGCACCGGCGCCCGCGUCAAAGGAUGAGAAGUCUGACCGAAUCACGAUGCGCCGCUACGACUUGACCAAGUCUUCCGCUGCCGAGAUCGACGAGGUGCUAAAGCGCCCGUCACAAAAGUCUCCCGACGCUAUCCUGAACAUCGUCAAGCCCAUCAUCGACGAGGUCCGGAACGGAGGCGACAAGGCCGUCCUGUCCUACACCCACAAGUUCGAGAAGGCCACGUCUCUUACCUCCCCUGUUCUCAAGGCCCCCUUCCCCAAGGAGGCCAUGCAACUGUCCCCUGAGUCGACCAAGGCAAUUGACAUCUCCUUUGAGAACAUCCGCAAGUUCCACGCCGCCCAGAAGGAGGACAAGCCUUUGCAGGUGGAGACCAUGCCCGGAGUUGUCUGCAGCCGUUUCUCCCGUCCCAUUGAGCGCGUCGGCCUUUACGUCCCCGGCGGCACUGCCGUCCUCCCCUCCACAGCCCUCAUGCUCGGAGUCCCCGCCAUGGUCGCCGGCUGCCAGAAGAUCGUAUUUGCCUCGCCGCCUCGCGCGGAUGGCAGCCUCACCCCGGAGAUCGUCUACGUCGCUCACAAGGUCGGCGCUGAGAGUAUCGUCCUCGCUGGCGGCGCUCAGGCCGUCGCCGCCAUGGCCUAUGGCACCGAGAGCGUGACAAAGGUCGACAAGAUCCUCGGCCCUGGAAACCAAUUUGUCACUGCGGCCAAGAUGUUCGUUAGCAACGACACCAAUGCUGGUGUCAGCAUCGACAUGCCUGCCGGUCCCUCCGAGGUUCUCGUCAUCGCUGACAAGGACGCCAACCCUGCCUUCGUCGCCUCGGACCUGCUGUCCCAGGCCGAGCACGGUGUCGACAGCCAGGUCGUUCUCAUCGCCAUCGACCUCACCGAGCAGCAACUGCAGGCAAUUGAGGACGAGCUGCACAACCAGGCCAUGGCUCUGCCCCGUGUCGAUAUCGUCCGCGGCGCCAUCGCCCACUCUGUCACCAUCCAGGUCAAGACCGUCGACGAGGCCAUGCGCAUCAGCAACGACUACGCCCCCGAGCACUUGAUCCUCCAGAUCAAGGACGCCGAGAAGGUAACGGAGAAGGUCAUGAACGCCGGCUCCGUCUUCAUCGGCGAGUGGACGCCCGAAAGUGUCGGCGACUACUCUGCCGGUGUCAACCACUCUUUGCGUAAGUUUAUUUCUUCUCUUACAUCCCCCAUCGAUAAUGUCGGACAAUCUCUGACCGAAGCCACAGCCACGUACGGAUACGCCAAGCAGUACUCGGGCGUCAACCUCGCCUCCUUCGUCAAGCACAUCACCAGCUCCAACCUGACGGCCGAGGGCCUGCGCAACGUCGGCGAAGCCGUCAUGCAGCUCGCCAAGACGGAGCAACUUGAAGCCCACCGCAGAGCCGUGGAGAUCCGCAUCGACCACAUGAACCGCAAGUAA